CAGCGGCGGCGGCGGCGGCGGCGGUGCGGGGCCAUGGCCGCGGCGGGCAGCGGCGUGGCGGCGGCGGCGGCGGAGGCGGGGGCGGCGUUCAGCACCGCGAACAGCGGCCGGGUGAACGGGCUGAGCCGCCCGCCCGGCGCCAUCGCCAUGAAGGAUCACGACGCCAUCAAGCUGUUCGUGGGGCAGAUCCCGCGCAACCUGGAGGAGAGCGACCUCAAGCCGCUCUUCGAGGAGUUCGGCCGCAUCUACGAGCUCACCGUCCUCAAGGAUCGCUUCACCGGCAUGCACAAAGGCUGUGCCUUCCUCACCUACUGCGCCCGUGACUCAGCCCUGAAGGCACAGAGCGCCCUCCACGAGCAGAAGACGCUGCCAGGGAUGAACCGCCCCAUCCAGGUGAAGCCAGCUGACAGUGAGGGCCGAGGAGAAGACAGGAAGCUCUUUGUGGGCAUGCUGGGGAAGCAGCAGAGCGAGGAUGACGUCCGGCGCCUCUUCGAGCCCUUCGGCCAGAUCGAGGAGUGCACCAUCCUCCGGGGGCCCGACGGUGCCAGCAAAGGUUGUGCCUUUGUGAAGUACGGCAGCCACGCCGAGGCCCAGGCUGCCAUCAACAGCCUGCACGGCAGCCAAACCAUGCCGGGCGCCUCGUCCAGCCUGGUGGUGAAGUUCGCGGACACGGACAAGGAGCGGACCCUGCGGCGGAUGCAUCAGAUGGCAGGGCAGCUGGGCAUCUUCAACCCCAUGACCAUCCAGUUCGGCGCCUACGGAGCCUACACGCAAGCGAUCAUGCAGCAGCAGGCGGCCCUGAUGGCAGCGGCGCAGGGGACCUGCCUGAACCCCAUGGCCGCCAUCGCCGCCGCCCAGAUGCAGCAGAUGGCCGCCUUCAACGUCAGCGGGCUGGUGGCUGCCCCGCUCACCCCCUCUUCAGGUACCAGCACCCCCCCGGGGAUCAGCACGGCGCCCGUGCCCAGCAUCGCUACGCCCAUCGGGGUCAACGGCUUCAGCCCCCUGCCGCCGCAGACCAACGGGCAGCCCGCCUCCGACACCAUCUACACCAACGGCAUCCACCCCUACCCAGCUCAAAGCCCCACGGUGGCAGAUCCCCUCCAGCAGGCCUACGCAGGCAUGCAGCACUAUGCAGCAGCAUACCCCACCGCCUACGCACCCAUCAGCCAAGCCUUCCCCCAGCAAGCUCCCCUCAUCCCGCAGCAGCAGCGAGAAGGUCCCGAGGGCUGUAACCUGUUCAUUUAUCACCUGCCCCAGGAGUUCGGGGACGCGGAGCUCACGCAGAUGUUCUUGCCCUUUGGCAACGUCAUCUCUGCCAAAGUCUUUGUGGACCGUGCCACCAACCAGAGCAAAUGCUUUGGGUUCGUCAGCUUCGACAAUCCGACCAGCGCUCAGGCAGCCAUCCAGGCCAUGAACGGCUUCCAGAUCGGCAUGAAGAGGCUAAAAGUGCAGCUAAAGAGGCCGAAAGAUGCCAACAGACCCUACUGACCCCUGCUCACCUCGGCCCUGCGCACAGGUCGGGCGUCCCGCGGUGUCUGACGACUUUCCCCUUCCCCACGUGCAGUAUCCAAACCUGUAACUCUCUUUCUUUGCAACACAUCCCGGAGGAGGAGGAGGAAGAAGAGGAGGAGGUGAUGGAGAAGGCAGCGAAGAGGAGAAACCAUUCUGGUUGUAGCUUUUCUGUUUUGAUUUCUUUUCCCAAACCGGUCUUGUUUGCCACUUGACGGGAACGAGCGAGGAGGAGGAAGGAGGAGAGCGAUGCCAGGCCGGGGAGCUGCCCCUCGCCACCGGCGGCUCGCCGCGACUCAGCCGCAGUCCUCCCCGGGGAAGGAAGGACCGACGGCCCCCGGGGCGGGCGGGGCCACAUCUGCCCUCGCUUCUGGUUGGGGAUUUUUGGUUUGGUUGGUUUCGGUUGGUUGGUUUUGGCUUUUUUUUGUUUUUAGAGUCGUUGCUGGUUUUUUUUUCCCAAGCACUCAUUUUGCUGCUACCGAUUUCCCAGGAGAAAAAAACACAAACCACAAAAGAGGCUCCAAAUGGAUUCUUUAAACCAAAGCCGGUGGGACGGGACCAGCCUCGGGCAAGCUUCACCUGGAGGAGGAGGAGGAGAAGGAGGAAAAGGAGGAGAAGGAGAAGGAGGAGAGAAAGAGGAGAAGGAGGAGAGAAAGAGGAGAAGGAGGAGAAAAAGAGGAGAAGGAGGAGAAAAAGAGGAGAAGGAGGAGAAAAAGAGGAGAAGGAGGAGAAAAAGAGGAGAAGGAGGAGAAAAAGAGGAGAAGGAGGAGAAAAAGAGGAGAAGGAGGAGGAUGCUUGGUUGGAAAAAAAGAGAAAGGGCAAAGAUUUGCUUUCUUUUAUUGUUUU